AUGCCUCUUGCAGGUCCAUCCUCUACUGCUGCCACCCUGGCCAGCGGCAACAGGGCAAGCGCGGCGGUUCAACUGCAGCGAGAGACGCGGCACAGUGUCGGUGCCGACUCUGCCACUAUGGCCAGAUGCGAUGACUCUCGUGGCAGUGACGGACUCCUGACAAAUGCCAAACACGAUGUACACUACUUCGAUGUGCUUCAUCCAAUCCUUCUGAGUCAUGUGCGCCGAGCCAACAGCGACGGUGUGCUGGCGCUCCUGUCGCUUCCAAGUAUAGCGGAGAGCGACGUUUUCUGGCGCACAUGUACGUAUCGUGAGGGGCUGGUGGCCGCCGUGCUAAUUUACGUCAUGGAACAUACGGGGCAACUGACCGUCCCGGCACGCCUAGUCACUCUGUCGACGCCCACAGCUACCGCUGCUAGCCCUCCUGGCGUACUCGUGACCUCCAAUGGUCCUGCUGACGACUCUCCAGUUUGUUCACCGGAGUCAACCUCGCAGACGAGGCGGCAGCCGUCGCUGCCAUCGCCAUGGCCUCGCUAUUCUCCAGCUCUAGUAGUGCCGUCUGACCCCGUCACUGCGACUGAUGAUGGGCUCUCGCCGACGUCCCACUCAUUUCCGAUUACCUCCCUUGCCGUCGAUGACCUUCACGCACUGCUGCAUCUCUGCUCACGCGAAGGAGCCGAGGCUCCGGCAUUGGACGAAGGGCACCAGAGUGUUCCUUCACCGCAGGAGCACAUGUACGAGGGGAGCGCAGAGAGACCAUUCAUUCUCGAUCGACGUCACCCGCCCGCGCUUGCGACACUUCUUCGAGUAGGCAAGGAGCUACGACAGCAGCGCCGCAGCAGCACCGCAUCGACAAGAGAUGCAGGGGCUUUCAGCCUGCAGCGUCGGCUGACUGGGGCCCUGCGACAAGAAGCAGUGGAUAUGGAUCUGGAGCUGUACAUACAAAGCGUUAUGCGUCGAUUGGAGGCCAUGCGGGGUGUGCCGAAGCAAGCGGAAGAGCACAACCUUGAUGGUCCUGGCGUGAUCACGCGCAAGCGACCUCGAUGGAGCGAUGCACCGGCAGCUGCAUCGGUCGGCACCAGCAGUGAAGGCAAGGGGAGCGGGAUUCUGACAUCAUCCGAUCCUGAUCCACUCCGUGACCCGUGCGGAGAGGACAUAGUAGCAGUACCCACGAAUGCGGUGGACCUCGCGGCGCUUGCGGCGGUGCUGCAGGAGCAUUGUCAUGGCAUGGUUUACGUGAACCCGUUCAAUGACCACCCCGCUGCGUCAGCGGCAGUGGUGGAGAGCACAGAUAGCACCGCCCCAACUGCCACAACCGCUAUCGGCAUAUCUAGUAGCACCAGCAAUGGCAGUCGGACCAACCCCGUACAUGCAGCAGGCAUCACCACCACCGGGCACACCACUGCCGAGGCGGCGGCAGCUAAGACCUCAAUCGCUGAUCUAGUGGAUGCUGCUCCGGAGCCUGUUUCCGAAGGCGCAGAGAGCGCCAAUAAGGUUGUCAUCCAGGACAGCGACGCGCAGGACGUGCCUGGCGGGCUCGACGCUGUGGCGUUGCUGCGCCGCAUUCCCGCCAUCAGCGCUACGCGCUGGGUGUUGCCGAGUGAUGAGCGUAACACCACCAGCGGUACUGGUGAAACUGGUAGUGGGGCACGAGAUCCUCUUUUAGCCCCCUCUGCCACGGCUACAGGGCGGCGGGGCGGAGCGGGACAGCGACACCCCACUGGUGCGGAUGCGCCUGCUUCGGCGGACUCAUUGCCCUUAUUAAAGCCACUGCCAUCCUCCCCGACUCAUACGGCGGCAGUGGAGCGGCAGACGAAUGCCACUGAGGAGCAGGCCCGCGUCUCUGCAGCCAUUCGAGCUUUUGACGUCUUCACCGCAGCGCUUGAGCAGUCGGCCGGCCCCACAGCCGGCACUUCGGCUGGCUCGCUGCAGUCCACAUGUGCGCCGACGGCGCCUUUUUCGUCUUUGUCCACUGGUAACCUCAGUAGCCGUCGCACCGCAGCGCGACUCGUGACGCCGGGUGCCAUUCACUCGCGGCCUCCAGGACCACGACUGCCACCACCGCCUCGGUCGUCUUCGACCUCUGAAGUUCGGCGCCGCUACAAGUUCAGUCCGCAAGAAGACGCCGCUAUCCUCCAUGGAGUAGCGCGCUAUGGGCAGAUGAGCGGGUCCUUCCAGUACAUCUUGCACGCCUACCGGAGCGUGUGGCGGGCUGGUCGAACGGCGCUGCACCUGUAUGACCACUGGCGUGGCGCACUGCGUCGGCGCGCUGUUGCGGCUGCCAGUGAGGAAGUGCCGAGCCAUACAGACACGAACGCGCUGAACGAAGCGCUUCAUGAUGAGGAUGAGGCAAUGCGCAUGUCUCCCAUACAUCCUGCAACGCCGGACAAUCAGGACCUAAGCUCCGACAUCGAGGACUUCUCUGAUGCUUCGUGA